AUGCUCUCGCACAACACCAAUCCUCGCGCCUUAACCAGUAAAGAUACCCGGCGCUUUGCGUCUGCGAGACGCACCAAGGCCGGUGCCGUCACCGAAGGCGUGAGGGCGCUCAUGCAUGCCCCUCCGGUGCAAGCCGCCGAUGCAGAGGCUCACGGUCCCCAUGGGGAUCAAGAGGCGUUCCCCCUCGAGAAUAUGGGGGCAGAUGCCGCUGUCGAGGCCGGCAUCAACGUGCAGGGUGCGCCCGCGGACAAUGGCGGUGCACGCGUCUCUCUCGUGGGGAGGGUCGCAGGUUUCUUCGGAUGGUUUGUAAGAGUCGUGGGCGGUGAUGCUUGA